GAAUCUUUUUAAGUGUUCUUUACUUGAUAUCGACCCUCGUUGUUCUUUUGCUCUUAAUUUCGCAUCAGAAGCUUUCUCGUCACAUCAAAUUUCCCAGCAAACCCUAGUUCCCGGAGUUACCAGGAGUUCCUCUUUCUGGAGACGGAUCGGACCGCCAUGGCUAAGAGCUCUUUCAAGCUUUCUAAUCCUCUCGAGGUAAGGCAGGGGGAAGCUGCUCGUAUCAGAGAGAAAUACCCGGAUAGGAUUCCAGUGGUUGUGGAGAAGGCCGGGGAAAGUGAUGUUCCUGACAUCGAUAAGAAGAAGUAUCUUGUACCGGCCGAUCUAUCCGUUGGCCAGUUUGUAUACGUGGUUAGGAAAAGAAUCAAGCUCGGGGCCGAGAAAGCCAUCUUCAUCUUUGUCAGGGACACAUUGCCUCCAACUGGUGCUUUGAUGUCUGCGAUAUACGAGGAACACAAAGACGAAGACGGGUUCCUGUACAUGACUUACAGCGGAGAGAACACGUUCGGAUCUCCUGCUUGAAGUUGAAUGAUCAUCAAAAGAUCACUCUGAUGUGCAUUCCCUCCCUUUGAGCUUUAUGGCUUUGUUUCAAGUUUCAUCACACGUGUGGAGGUGUUUUUCUCUUUAGAGCUUUUACUUGAUCCUUCUUUUGAAAUUUGGGUGACUCACAUUCUCA